AUGUGCCGCAUGCGGCAAGGCAUUCGUCACAACGUGUCCAUGUCGACCCUCGUCCACAGCAACAUCCUGCCGCCGACAGAGCCGCCCCCGCAGCCCACAGCCACGACAGAAAAGAUGUCGGCCGAUCCAGAGCCGCUACAACCACCGAACCUGUUCAAAGAAGCGCUGCACCAACACAUAGCCCCGUCGCGGCGUCGAAAAGGCAAGGCGGUGUCAUCGCACCAUCUGACUGGCGACGCUGCGUCCCUGGGCGAGCAGAUGCAGCACCUCAAGCAGUUCUACGAAGACCGCGUCGUCGCCCUCACGCAGCGAUGUACCGAAGCUGAAACGAAGCUCGGGGUGUUAACGUCGGAGCGAAGUGCGGUUGACUCCCAGGUGCUGCAGUUGCAGGCUUUGGCCGAGUCGCAGCAUGAAAAGCUGACGACAGCAGGCGAUGAAUACGCCAGUUUGGUCGCAUGGUGUCGAGAGCGGGAAGCGCACUGUCAUCGCAUCGAAGCAGCGUUGGCCGCCGCAGACGCGUUGAACCAAACACUUGUGAGCCAAAUUGAAGCGCUCGAUGCAGAGCGGAGGGCGGUGGAGGUCGAGUGGUCGCGUCAGCGAGACGCGUGGUCCCACCGGCAGGACGAGCUGGAUGCGAGCAUGCAGCACUUGCUUCGCUCGCAGUCUGUGCUUCGCAACGAUAUAUUGACCAAAGAUGCCACGAUGGGCGAUCUCCAGCGAGCUCGAGAUGACGUGGAGGCUAGAUGGCUUCAUCUGCAGAGCGUGAACGCGGCACUUGUCGAGGAAAUUACCAAGCUCAAGCACCGAGGGAUCGCGCUGGAGGGUCAGAUUCAGAUGGAAGCCGAGUAUCGAAAGGCCACAGCAGCGCAAGUGGAAGCGCUAACAGAGCAAGUGCACGCCGAGCGGCGCGACCGCCAAGCUGUCGCAAUGCAACACCAACUGGAAAGCCAGACCCAGCGGCGAGAGUUUCGAGAUCGCGACAUGGCGUGCAGAGACCUGUCGCAUCGAUGCCAGCGCCUCACCAACGACCUCGUCGUCGCAACCAUCCGGUAUGAGAAGGCCGAAGCUGCGCUGGAGCACAUGCUGGGCGGCAUGGAAGCACGCAAGGAUGACGUACGAAAGCUGAAAGGGGACGUGCAGAAGUUAGAGGGCAAGGUGGCGGAUGCGAGGGCAGCGGUGGAAGGAAAGGAGAUGGCGCUGGCGGCGGCAAAACGGGAGUUGAGCGACAUACAGACUCGCGUCGUGGCUGAGGAAGCGCAGAAACUCGAUGCGCUGAAAGACGUGGUUGCGCUGAACCAACGACGCCGCUGCUGCCGCCCGCGAUUUUGA